UCUCUCUUUUUUCCUUUUCUCUUCAAGAGAGUUUCUUGACUAAGUAAAUUCUCUUUCAUUUCUUCUUAGAACCCAGCCGGUUCUUUUACUGUUUCAAGGCUUCUGGACUGACUGCAAAGGUAGGAUUGGAAUUGGUAGAGCCUGGAAUGAAGAAGAUAAAGAUGGAGGGAUGGUCAGAUCUUCCUCACGAAUUGCUUUAUGAGAUAACCAAGAAGUCACUGAGUGUUAUAGACUAUCUCAUCUUAGGCUCUGUCUGUAGAGGAUGGAAGUCAUUUGCUGAAGAGUACAAGAAAGAGUUUCUGGCAUCCCAACCUCCACUUGCUCUCUUCUUCUCGUCGAAGGCUAUUUCUUUCUAUAGCAUCUUUGAUCAAAGGUUGUACAAGGUAUUACUGCCCAGCCCUAUAAGCAACCAAAACAGAUGUUUUGGGUUCACUUGUGGGUACUUGGUGUUUCUAGACAAGAAGAAUAGGAGAGAAGAUUCUCAACUUUGGCUGCUGCAUCCUUUCACAAGACAUGAACUUCGUUUCCGUGAACCUCCAAAACCUUAUAAUCGUGUCAUCCUAGCUUCUGUAGCUACUCCGGUGCCAGAGUUUUUGCUAGUAGCCUUUUGCCAAUUCCUGCCAUGUUUCCAAGUUUGUAGAUCCACACAGACCAAUUGGACUCAAUUUGAUCUUAACAACAUUCCUUUUCCUUGGAGGAUUCGAGAUGCAAUUGUGUUCAAGGGUAAGAUAUAUGUUUUAACUAGUGAGGCUGAAAUUGGAGUACUACAUCUGAGUCCUCAUCUUCAUGUGACCCUGCUAAACGUAGGACAUGGUCCACAUAUGGAUAUGAAUCGUGGAGUUCAGUGCUUAGUUUCUGAUGGACAGCACCUGAUGAUGGUUGUAUCUUCAAUAGCAUCCAUCCAACAUACAGUUUACGAGCUAAAUUUUGUGCACAUGGAAUGGAUGAUGAUGGUGAAUUUUGCAGAUCAAGCACUGUUUUUGGGUCGUUCAAUGGGCUCAGGAUUUUGCAACAUAACCAGAUGGGAAGGUAGGCAACAACCUUCUAAUUGCAUAUACGAACUUGGAAGCCGCAAUCGCAGAUACAUUGUAAGUUUCUUGGAUGGUAGACAUCAUAUGUUUUCCCAGGGAAACCAUAUGCCUAAUGAUUCCCUUUUUGAUCCAUUCUGGUAUUUCCCACAUCUGUCUUACAAUGUGGAUUCUCUGUGUCUCUCUGAUGACUAGUUAGGACAACUUCUGGUUCACUUCCCAUGCAAUUUUAGCUAUUGAACAAUAAUUUGGACAUGCAGUUCUUAUAAUUGUUUGCUGCUCUUCAUUUUCGAUUUUCCCUUAGUUCUUUUUGAUGGUUUCAAACUGCCAACUGUUGUGGCUCUUAAGAAGUCCUCUUGUA